UCCAUUCUGCCGUCCCUCCUGCUCCAUCUUCCCUCGUGAAGUAUUACAGCAGUCCGUUCACGGCUUCUUUCACUCCAACACGGCGCAUCUUUCAAAGACGCGGGCUGCCUCCUCACAGGAUUUCUCUCUGUGUGCUCUGCUGUUGUAGUGUGACAACUAGAAAUUGAUCGUCAUGAGCGACCCUACCGUUGGCGACGGCUCGUUGGCCGAAGUCAUGAGUUCCUUGAAAUCCAUACAGCAGACUCAAUCUGACCUUGUGGCUGCCGUCGACUCGCUAAACCAACGAUACCAACAGCUGCCUGUUGACUCUGAUGUCGCCGGCGAGGUCCCUGAAAGAUCUCGAACCCCCGAGCCUUCCGACGUCGUUGGUGAUUCUGCCAAGAGCUCCUCGUCCGAUUUGACCUUGCAGGCCCCAGCUGUGCCCUCGUCGCCCAGCCAGCGUUCCGGUCUUACCUCCCGCAUCAUCCUAACGACUUAUCCAAAGCAGAUCGGCAUCAAUCCUCUUACCAUGAAAUGGGGCGAAUCGGACCCCCAUCGUCGUGGCCCAGUUGUUGUUUCUCGUUCAUCGACUACCAUUGGAAGACGUAACGCUGUCGGAGCCCAUGGUGGUUCUUACUCCAUCUACUAUGCUCUCGCUGUUGCGAGCAAACAACUUAAUCUCGAGCAUAGACCCGACUUCACCAAUACGGAGCCAGCUGCUAAGAUUGGCCCCUUCCCUCAAUGGGGAGAUCCCAAGAAGAUUGUCGCCAUGGAUCCCUGGGGCCAUCUAUCCCCCUGGCUCUUCAAGGACACUAUCGAGAAGCACAAUGUCGAUAUUCGCCCAACAAUCGCCAUCACCAAGGCACAUAUGAAGCUUCCCGAGCUGGAGGAGAGUGUCAAGAGCGGAAGACUUGUUCCCGACGGCAAGGUCUGCCUCAAUGAGCUCGGAGAGCUGGCUGUAACUAAGUUCGCCGUCGAGCCGGUUUGGUAUCUUCCUGGCGUAGCUGAAAGAUUCGACGAGGGGGCCUUGCGAAGGUCUCUCUUCGAACACACUGGUGGAAGCUACCCAGAGCUGAUCACCCGCAACGAUAUCAAGGUGUUCCUGCCUCCCAUAGGUGGCUUGACAGUAUACUGUUUUGGCGAUCCGGCCAAGAUGUCCGACGAGUCGGUACGACUGGCUUUGCGUAUCCACGACGAGUGCAAUGGUAGCGACGUUUUUGGAUCCGAUAUCUGCACUUGCCGCCCUUACCUCAUAUUCGGUAUCGAAGAGGCAGUCAAGGAGGCCCAGAACGGCGGCAGUGGUGUUGUCAUUUACUUCCGGAAAGAGGGCAGAGCCCUCGGCGAAGUGACCAAGUAUCUCGUGUACAACGCCCGUAAGCGGGGCGAAGACCGAGCAUCGGACUAUUUCAAGAGAACAGAGAACAUUGCUGGCGUGAAGGACAUGCGCUUCCAGGCCCUCAUGCCCGAUAUCCUGCACUGGCUCGGAAUCCGCAAGAUUGACAGGAUGUUGAGCAUGAGCAAGUCAGUAGCUUCUCUUCGCCCAAGAUGCCAUGAUGCUAACGUGAACCACAACAGCAUGAAACACGACGCCAUUGUAGGACAAGGAAUUCCCAUUCACGAGCGUGUUGAGCUCCCCGAGGAGUGGAUUCCCGCAGAUUCUCGUGUCGAGAUUGACGCAAAGAUUACUGCAGGUUACUUCACCGCCGGAAAGCGCAUGACAGAAGAAGAGUUGAGAGCUGUGCAGGGUAGGAUGUGGGAAGAUCUCGAUCAUUAGCUCCUGCAAAAUUAGUACUCGCGGGGAGGGGGCGAGAAGAAGCAAUACAGCCAGCUUGGGGUGAUGACACAGGCAGUUGUAGUACUUGGUCUAGAUGAUGAAAAGACGUCGGCUUGGGUUAGAA